AUGUCGGCCUCCUCGCUCACGGCCAUGCGCCUGGCGCGCGCCCGCCAAUCUUCCACGGCCAUGACCGUAUCGCGACUUGCCCUCCCUUCCGUCGCUCUCCGGCCACGAUGCCCAGCCCAGCUGCGGAGCUUCAGCAAGCUCUCUGGCGCCUCGACAACAAAGCGCACUCAGACCGCGACAGGCACCAUCCGACGACUACCCUCUCAGUUCUUCUUGCGAGCGCUCUCCGGGAAGCCGCUCCCCCAGCGGAAGUCGUGGAUCCUCAACUUCUGCUACCGCGGCGCUGCCUGGGUCGGCACAUCGCUGACCGUUUUUGGCAUCGGCGUCUUCGCCUUCUUCGCCUACGACGCCAGCACCUACAAGGAGCACCCCACUAAUGGCGACAUUGACGUUUCCAAGAUUGCCCUCCACCCUCGCCGUGGCGGCUCCAAGAAUUUACCUGUCGCCGAGGUCUACAUUGAUGACAAUGACUGUGAAGAGAAGCGUCGCCUAAAGGAGAAGCCCCGACUUGUCAUCCUCGGUGGUGGAUGGGGCGGAGUGGCUCUCCUGAAAGAGCUCAACCCAGACGACUAUCAUGUCACCGUUAUCUCGCCUACCAACUACUUCCUGUUCACUCCCAUGCUUCCUUCCGCAACCGUCGGAACUCUCGAGAUGCGAUCCCUCGUCGAGCCGAUCCGGCGCAUUCUGAGCCGUGUUAAAGGUCACUUCAUUCGGGCCAGGGCUGAGGACGUUGACUUCUCCCACAAAAUGGUUGAAGUAUCUCAGUUGGACGCUCAAGGUAAAGAAACCCGGUUCUAUGUGCCCUACGAUAAGCUUGUUAUCGCCGUUGGAUCCGUUACGAACCCUCACGGCGUCAAGGGCCUGGAAAAUGCCUUCUUCCUCAAGGAUAUCAACGACGCGCGCAUGAUUCGCAACAAGGUCAUCCAAAACCUGGAGCUUGCUUGCUUACCUACCACCCCUGAUGAUGAGCGCAAGCGCCUGCUCUCCUUUGUUGUUAGCGGCGGAGGCCCCACUGGUGUCGAGUUUGCCGCUGAACUUGUUGACCUGCUCAACGAGGACCUGACAAGGCACUUCCCGCGACUCCUGCGAAACGAAAUUUCCGUCCAUCUCAUCCAAAGCCGGAGCCAUAUCCUCAACACCUAUGAUGAGACCGUCUCCAAGUAUGCCGAGGACCGUUUCGCCCGUGAUCAAGUCCAGAUCAUGACGAACUCUCGAGUCAAGGAGGUCCAGGCAGACAAGAUCAUCUUCAGCCAGAAGAUGGAAGACGGCAGCCUCGUCACCAAGGAGAUCCCGCAUGGCUUCUGUCUGUGGUCCACCGGCGUGUCACAGAACGGCUUCUGCAAGAAGCUCUCUGACGAGCUGGGUGCUUCCCAAACGAACCGACACGCUCUCGAGACAGACACACAUCUCCGCGUCAACGGCGCACCUUUGGGUGAUGUCUACGCCAUCGGUGAUUGCUCUACGGUCCAGAAUAACGUGGCCGACCACAUAAUCACCUUCCUCCGCUCUCUCGCUUGGAAGAGGGGCAAGGACCCGGAGACAUUGCAGCUCCACUUCAGUGAUUGGCGUGAGGUUGCCCAGGAUGUCAGGAAGCGCUUCCCUCAAGCUGUCAACCAUCUCAAGCGUCUAGACAAACUCUUUAACGAAUUCGACAAGGAUCAGUCUGGCACCCUUGACUUUGGCGAGCUGCGUGAGCUCCUCCGCCAAAUUGACAGCAAACUUACAUCGCUGCCUGCCACCGCUCAACGUGCUCACCAGCAGGGCCAGUACCUCGCCCGCAAGUUCAACCGCAUGAGUCGCAUGUCCGAAGGCCUCCGCGUCAACGAAAUCUACGAGGGUGAUGUAGAUGCGGCUGUCCACAAGGCCUUUGAGUACCGCCACCUCGGUAGCCUGGCGUAUGUCGGCAACUCGGCCGUUUUUGAUCUUGGCGAGGGCUGGAACUUUGCUGGCGGUCUCUGGGCCGUGUAUGCUUGGCGAUCCGUCUACUUUGCCCAGAGCGUGAGCUUCCGUACGCGAAUCCUCAUGGCCAUGGACUGGGCUAAGCGAGGACUGUUUGGUCGAGAUUUAAUGAGCUUCUAA